GGUCUUAAAAAGCUAAAAAAUAAAGGAACUUUGUCAAGUGAAGAUAUUCAAGAAAUAAAUGCAAAUACGAUUAAUAAAAAUGAGAAUAAAAAGAAAGACAUUCGAAUAUCAGGUGUACAAUUGUUUGGAUUACAAUUAAAUUCUGUUCGUAUAGUUAGAAAAAUGUUACCAUCCAAUACCUAUCUUAAAGUUCAACCCUUUAACAAUCUCAGUAAUUCUACUCAACGACGUUAUAUGUUGACAAUAGCCAAACGUGUAUUUUAUCAAGUUGAAAUUUGUAAAGAAAACAUUUUUCAUAAAGAUGAUAAAGUUGAAAUUAAGCAAGCACGUUUUACUAUAAAUGAUAAGCCAUUUGAAAUUCAAUAUGGAAAAGUUAACCAAGAAAAGAUAGAUAAUUUGCAUUUGGCGGUUCUAAAAUCAUUAGAUAAAGGCAAGAUAUCUUGUGAAGCUUAUCGAUCAUUAGCACAUAUUAAUCAAGAUUUGCCAAGAGAGGGUGCAAUAUCAAGUACACGUCAAAGACUUAAUAAACAAAUGCAAAAUCUAGUUCCCUUAUUACUUAUAAAU